AUGGUGGACCUUGCGGACGAGCAGAACGACAACGCCCCAAGCAACGACGGGGACGCCGGGGCGGACGCACAGCUUGAGGACCUUCUCAUGCUCUAUUCAAAUCAAAUUAGUGGCAGCAUUCCAGACUUAAUGUGCCAAUUGGGUUUAAUGGAUCUAGAUGUGUCAAACAACCUUUUGGAGGGUGAAAUUCCUCAAUGUUUUCAGGGCAUACCACUACUGUUCUUCAUGCUUAGCAAUAACAAUUUGUCAGGACUAUUCCCGAAAUUUUUUAGGAAUAACAGUGACCUGGUGAUCUUGGAUAUUGCAAGGAACACAUUCUCAGGACUACUGCCUACUUGGAUUGGGGGGAUGACGGCGUACCAGUGCGAGUGCUCCCACCUACAAAUUUUAAGUCUAAGCCACAAUACAUUUUCUGGGAAUAUUCCACCUGAAAUCACUUAUCUUCAUUGGCUUCAGUACUUGGAUCUGUCAGGCAACAACUUAUCGGGCGUAAUACCAUACAAUCUGUCGAACCUAACUAGUAUGACUCUGAGGGGUUACCUGGGUCCCCUGUCUCUAAUAAGAAGAGCAUACACUACUAUUCGAAUUGGGGAUCGAGAUGAAGAUAUCACUAUAGCAAGUCAGUUCAAAGAAGUUUUGUUGAUAACUACAAAAGGGAGACAACUUGGCUAUGGCAAAGGAUUAUCAUAUUUUGUGGGCAUUGAUUUAUCAGGAAACUCCUUAACUGGUGAAAUCCCAAGAGAUAUCACUGCCCUUGAUGCACUGGUAAAUUUGAAUUUAUCGUCCAAUCACCUGAGCGGAACAAUUCCUUGUAAGAUUGGUGCCAUGAAGUCUUUGGAAUCUUUGGACCUCUCUAAAAACAAUCUGUCUGGUCAAAUACCAUCUAGAUUGUCAAGUUUGACAUAUCUGAGCUACUUGAACCUGUCCUACAAUAAUUUGUCUGGAAGGAUACCCUCAGGCAACCAACUUGCCACCCUUAACACAGACAACCUGGCGCUAAUGUAUGUUGGUAACAGUGGACUUUGUGGACCUCCUCUUCCAAUAAACUGUUCAUCAGAAAACGGAACAAUCAUCAAUGGCUACCAAACAAGCAGCUGGAAGGAAGUCAAGCUAUUGCCAUUUUAUUUUGGCUUUGGGUUAGGACAUCUGGUGGGGCUCUGGAUGGUAUUCUGUGGCUUGCUGUUCAAGAAGACAUGGAGAGCUGCUUAUUUCAGGUACGUCGACAAGUUGUACGACAGAAUCCAUGUGUUCGCAGCUAUAAAAUGGGCACACAUGACAAGAAAAGCAUCUUUAAAAUAA